GCCGUGAGGAUGUCGGUCUUGCGUGGACAUUUCUUUUUUUAAAACUGAUUAGUUUUCUUUUCUUUUCAUUUAAACUCAUUUGGUGUCAUGUUGCGGGUUGUAGUAGAGUCGGCUAAGGGUCUACCUAAAAAGACCCUUGGAGCUCCUGAUCCAAUUACCACUGUGAUUUUUAGAGAUGACAAGAAGAAAACAAAAUCGAUUGACAAUGAGUUGAAUCCAGUGUGGAAUGAGUUGGUUGAAUUUGAUCUAAAAGGCAAGGCACUGGACUCCAGCUCCUACAUUGACGUGAUUGUGAAAGACUAUGAAACUAUUGGGAAAGAUAAAUUCCUCGGGUCUGCUAAAAUCUCUUUGAAAGACCUCGCUUCAGGUCAAGCGAGAUCACUGCCGUGUAAAAAUGUUCCCCUGGUCAGUGAAAGUGGACAAAAUGUUGGAGCAACAAUCAAUCUUUUGGUCGGCUAUGAUGCUCCAGCCAACGCUGUACCAAACCCCAAUGAUCCUCAGUCAGGAGAAACUACAGUGGAUGCUGGAGGUGGUGGUGGCGGUGAGGAGGGCAAUGAAACUCUUCCAGAUGGGAGCCAAAGUGGCCCUGCAGGGAUGUCCCCAUCCGGUGGUCAGUCGGUUAAUCUUCGUCGGGGUUUGGCCAGGGCACAGAGUCGACAUCGACUUGCAGAUAAACCUCAGGACUUUCAGAUUCGAGUCCGGAUCAUCGAGGCCCGUCAGUUGCCUGGCAACAACAUCAAACCAGUAGUCAAGGUUUACGUUUGUGGGCAGACCCACAGGACCAGGAUUAAGAGGGGAAACAACCCCUUCUUUGAUGAGAUAUUCUUCUACAAUGUCCACAUGUUGCCAUCCGAUCUGUUUGAUCAGAACAUUAGUUUUCGGGUGUAUAACUCUUAUUCACUGAGGGCUGACAGUCUUAUGGGAGAAUUCAAGGUGGACGUUGGUUAUGUUUAUGAUGAGCCAGCCCAUUGUGUCAUGAGGAAGUGGCUCCUUUUGAAUGACCCAGAUGACUCCAUCUCUGGGGCUAAAGGCUACCUGAAAGUCAGCCUCUUUGUCGUCGGGACUGGCGAUGAUCCUCCGGUGGAAAAGAGAGAGUCCAAUGACGACCAGGAUGACAUAGAGAGUAAUCUGCUGCUUCCAGCGGGCGUGACUCUUAGAUGGGCCACGCUGUCACUGAAGGUGUUCAGAGCUGAGGACAUUCCCCAGAUGGAUGAUGCUUUUGUCCAGAAUUUGAAAGAAAUUUUUGGAGGAGAAGCAAACAAGAAAAACCUGGUGGAUCCCUUUUUGGAGGCUAGCUUUGCUGGCAGAAAGUUGUGCACACAAAUCAUUGAGACGAAUGCCAACCCAGAGUGGAACGAAGUACUGAACCUUCAAGUCAAGUUCCCCUCCAUGUGUGAGCGUGUCAAACUAACGGUGUUUGAUUGGGAUCGUUUGACAGGAAAUGAUGCUAUUGGCACCACGUACCUGAAUCUGGCCAACAUAGCCUCCUCUGGUGGCGAGAUAGAAGAGGAACAUCCGGAAUAUGGGGCAACGCCAUCUUAUGAAGGUAGCUCAGGGGAGUCUGAGGUGGGCUUCCUGCCUGUGUUUGGGCCCUGUUAUAUCAACUUGUAUGGCAGCCCCAGAGAGUUCACUGGCUUCCCAGACCCCUAUGAGGAUCUCAAUUUUGGCAAGGGAGAAGGCGUGGCGUACAGAGGCAGGAUUCUGGUCGAGCUGUCCACUAAGCUAGAGGGGAAAGCAGACAAAGCAGUAGACAAAAUCCACAGUGAUGACGUCCUGGUGGUACAGAAAUACCAGAGGAGGAGAAAAUACUGCCUCUGUGCAGUCUUCCACAGCGCCUCAAUGAUUCAGGAACCUGGAGAACCAAUCCAGUUUGAGGUCAGCAUCGGUAAUUAUGGCAACAAACUGGACACCACCUGCAAACCGCUGGCCUCCACCACACAAUAUAGUUGUGCUAUAUUUGAUGGUAAUCAUUAUUACUACCUGCCCUGGGCAAACACUAAGCCAGUGGUUGUGGUUACCUCAUACUGGGAGGACAUCAGCCACCGUCUGGACUCUGUCAACAUCAUCCUCUAUAUUACUCACCGCUUGCAAUCUAACUUGGAGGAAUUUAAAACGGCAAUCUUGGCAAAAGUCUCAGACAACCAGCUAGCUGAGGUGUGGCUGAAGUUACUCAAUCAGCUGAUUGAAGACCUAGAAAGUUUCCCAACACCUGAGCUCGAGGGCCACUCCAACCUGACAACUCUGGACAUCCAAAUCAAGAAGCUGCGAGACAGGGCUUUGACCAGCAUCAAAGACGGAGCCAGACGCAUGAGAGAGGAGGCCGGAGAGAUCCGUGACACUUUGUCCGACUUGGAGUCCUGGGUAGAAAAGCUCAAAAUGCUGGCUGAAGAGCCCCAGAGCAGCAUGCCUGAUGUGAUCAUCUGGAUGCUACGGGGUGAGAAGAGAGUGGCCUGCAGUCGCAUCCCAGCUCAUCAGAUCCUCUACUCUACAUUCAGUGAGCAGGCCUGUGGGCAGCAUUGUGGCAAGACACAGACUGUGUAUUUACAGUACCCCAUGGACAAGAACAAGGGCUUGAAGGUGCCAGUUCAGAUUAGAGUUAACAUGUGGCUGGGUCUGUCUGCACAUGAGAAAAAGUUCAACUCAUACUCCGAGGGAACCUUCAGUGUGUUUGCCGAACUGUACGAAAAUCAGGCUCAGAUGUUCGGGAAGUGGGGGACUACGGGACUGGUGGGGCGCCAUAAGUUUUCUGAUGUAACCGGCAAACUGAAGCUAAAAAAGGAGUACUUCAUUCCACCCAGAGGAUGGGAGUGGGAGUCUGAGUGGUUCAUUGAUCCAGAGAAAGCUCUGCUAACAGAAGCUGAUGCAGGACACACUGAAUUCAUGGAUGAGGUUUUCCAGAAUGAGACCCGCUUCCCAGGUGGAGACUGGAAGGCUGCUUCUGAACCCUUCACUGAUGUGAAUGGAGAGAAAAGUCGCAACCCUGCAGAGUUUGAUUGUCCCCCAGGUUGGAUCUGGGAGGAUGAGUGGACUGUGGAUAUCAACAGAGCUGUGGAUGAUCAAGGCUGGGAAUAUGGAGUCACCAUUCCUCCAGAUGACAAGCCUCGGUCCUGGGUUCCUGCAGAGAAGAUGUACCACGUUCACCGCAGAAGAAGGCUGAUUCGACCCCGCAAGAGGAGUAAAGUCCCCGGAGGAGCAGCUGUGGAGAAGCGGGAUCAAGGCAACCCUGAGGGCUGGGAAUUCUCUUCUCUGAUUGGCUGGAAAUUCCACAGAAAGGAGAGGUCAUCAGAUACGUUUCGGCGAAGGCGCUGGAGGAGAAAAAUGGCACCGGAAGGUCGCCUCGGAGCAGCUGCCAUCUUCCAGCUGGAGGGAGCAUUGGGUAUUGACACAGAGGAGAAAGAGAAAGAUUCCAAGGGUGAUGCUACCAAGCUGUUUGGUGCCAACACGCCUACUGUGUCCUGCUCCUUUGACAGGUCAUAUAUGUAUCAUCUCCGUGUCUACGUCCAUCAGGCACGCAACAUGACCUCCAUGGACAAAGAUAGUUUCUCUGAUCCAUAUGCACAUGUCUCCUUCCUGCAUGUCAGUAAGACAACAGAGAAGCUAAGAGCAACUCUGAACCCAACCUGGGACCAGACUCUGAUUUUUAAUGAUGUAGAGAUUUACGGAGACCCCCAGAAGAUUGCUUACCGCCCUCCCAAUGUUGUCCUGGAGUUCUACGAUAGUGACCAAGUGGGGAAGGAUGAAAUGCUCGGCCGCAGUAUUUGCACCCCAAUAGUAAAACUGAAUUCUGGUAUGGAUCAGACACCAAAACUGUUGUGGCAUCCCAUCAUCCAGAAGGGGAAGGUGGCUGGGGAGGCUCUCGUGGCUGCUGAACUCAUUCUUAAAAACAAGUCAGGAGACUCAGAUCUUCCACUGGUUCCCCCAAAGAGAGCCGAGAACCUCUACAUGGUUCCUCAGGGCAUUCGCCCUGUGGUGCAGCUCACUGCUGUGGAGAUUCUUGCAUGGGGCCUGAGGAACAUGAAGCCAUACCAACUGGCCGCGAUAUCCUCGCCCAGCCUCGUGGUGGAAUGUGGGGGGCAGAGGGUAGAGUCGGCCGUCAUCAAGAACAUGAAGAAGAGUCCAAACUUCCCAAGCUCUGUCCUCUUCAUCAAAGUGCUCCUUCCGAAGGAAGAGAUGUACACGCCUCCCAUUGUGCUUAAGGUAAUAGACCACCGUCCAUUUGGCAGGAAGCCUGUGGUAGGCCAGUGCACUAUCAGUUCUUUGGAGCAGUUCAGAUGUGAUCCAUAUGUCAUCACCGCCGAAGGAGCAAUGUCAUCUAAAAUGGCUCUGAUGAUGGCGUCGCCUCACAAACAUGUCUCUAUCACCAUGGAGGAGAAAAGGCCACUGCUAGAAGCUCAGGUUGCAGAGAAGGAAAAGGAGACCGUUGAUUGGUGGAGUAAAUUCUACGUCUCGCUAGGAGACCAGGAGAAAUGUGGUCCUUACCUCAAGAAAGGAUACGAUACCCUCAAAAUCUAUGACCGUGAACUGGAAGAUGUCCCAGAAUUCAAAGGGCUAACUGAUUUCUGCGACACCUUCAAACUCCAGCGAGGCAAGAACGACAAUGGCGAUGAUGAUCCCACUGUGGUUGGAGAGUUUAAGGGCUCGUUCAAAGUGUACCCCUUGCCAGAUGACCCAGGUGUAGCUCCUCCACCGCGUCAGUUCAGAGAACUCCCAGAUAGUGGACCUCAGGAGUGUCUGGUUAGGAUUUAUGUGGUUCGGGGCAUGGACCUCCAGCCCAAAGACAAUAAUGGCAGUUGCGAUCCAUACAUAAAGAUAUCACUGGGAAAAAACACGAUCGAUGACAGAGACCACUACUUACCCAACACCCUCAACCCUUUGUUUGGAAGGAUGUUUGAGAUGACGUGUUUCCUGCCCCAGGACAAGGACCUGAAGAUCUCUGUUUAUGACUAUGAUCUGCUUACUCGUGACGAGAAGGUCGGCGAGACAGUGAUUGACCUGGAGAACCGCUUCCUGUCUCGAUAUAACUCAUACUGCGGCUUGCCUCAAAGCUACUGCAUUUCUGGCAUCAACCAGUGGCGGGACCAGCUGAAGCCAUCUCAGAUUCUUGAGAAUCUGGCUCGUCUUAAAGGACUUUCCAAGCCCAGGACGGAAGAUAAUGGAAAUUCACUCACCUUCAAUGGAAAAGAAUACACACUGGCUCAGUUUGAGAACAACAAGGAAAUUCAUCAGCACUUGGGUCCACCUUAUGAACGCCUCUGUCUGCACGUGCUCAGAACACAGGGUCUCGUCCCUGAACAUGUGGAAACUAGGACGCUUUACAGCACCUUCCAGCCCAACCUCUCUCAGGGACAACUUCAGAUGUGGGUGGAUGUUUUUCCCAAAAGCUUAGGCCUCCCCGGGCCUCCCUUUGACAUCACACCACGCAAACCAAAGAAGUAUUUCCUGCGCGCUGUCAUCUGGAACACCACAGAUGUGACUCUGGAUGAGACCAGUAUCACUGGAGAGCGCAUGAGCGACAUCUAUGUGAAAGGCUGGAUGCCAGGAAUGGAGGAGGACAAGCAGAAGACUGAUGUCCACUACAGGUCUCUGGAUGGCGAUGGUAACUUUAACUGGCGAUUCGUCUUUGGACUUGACUACCUGCCAGCUGAACAACUCUGCCUCGUAUCCAAGAAGGAACACUUUUGGAGUCUUGAUAAAACAGAGUUCCGGAUUCCUCCCAAACUGAUUGUUCAGAUUUGGGAUAAUGACAAAUUCUCACUGGAUGAUUACCUAGGUACUGUGGAGCUGGAUUUGCGUAACCUGGUUGCUCCUGCGAAGACCCCAGAGAAAUGCUCUCUGGAUAUGAUGGAUAAUGUGGAAAUAGGUCCACACAAGACAGAGCAGAACAAGUCUCUGUUUGCUCAGCAGUCAGUCAGAGGCUGGUGGCCUUGCUCUAUUGAACAAGAUGGGAAGAAGGUCCUGGGUGGCAAAGUGGAGAUGACACUGGAGAUUGUGAGUGAAGUGGAUGCAGACGAGCGACCUGCAGGAAAAGGACGGGAUGAACCCAACAUGAAUCCAAAACUGGACCCUCCAAAUCGCCCAGAAACAUCCUUCUUCUGGUUCACCAACCCAUGUAAGACCAUGAAGUUCAUUGUGUGGAGAAGGUUCAAGUGGGUCUUUAUUGGACUUAUCAUCCUCAUCAUACUGGUCCUCUUCAUCGCCAUCCUGUUGUAUUCUUUACCGAACUACAUCUCAAUGAAGAUCGUGAAACCCUUAAGUUAGCAAUAAGGACCACCAGGAGCAAUGAACUCCACACAGAUACUGCCAGAUUAUCUCAACUUGUACCUUUUUUUAACUUUAGUUUUUUUUUUUUAAAAAUGGGAAGGGGAGCUUGCACAUUUGCACUAUUUCAACAUAUGAACACAUUUUCUACACCACUGAACUGUGACAAUACAGUCCAUCUAGUUUGCAAAGGGUUUUGUUUAGGACACUGUAUGGAAAAGGUGUUUCCCAUUAGCCCAGUUUGGGUGAUAUUUAGGGAUUACUUUUAUUAAACUGAAUAUUCCUUUUUAUUAAAAUGUUUCCAUAUUUGUGGACAAUAUAUAUAAAUGGGAUCACAAUUAAUAGCUCAAAGUUUCUUUAAAGUGUAUUUUUAUUACUUGACUGCUCAAAAAUUGCAAAGUGGAAAUUUCCAUCUUUCUCAUCUCGCAGUGGAGACCUGAUCCUUAGGGCAUAGUGUGUUUUGGGUUUUGAAAGCCACAGAGAUGCUGUGUUUUGAGAAAAUGUGUCUUAGAUGUUCUGAUACUCCUCACACUUGAGGACUCACUACAGGUUUUGCUAAGGCAGCAGUUGUCCUUUUUUCCCCUCCUGGAUCGCCUGGAGCAUUCUUUAGGUACCUUCCAAGCUUUGACAAUUGUCCAGCUGGAAGUAACUUGAA